AUGUCGAAUGAAGGUGAUCGGGUAGAUUCAGCUCAUCAACAGUCUGAAAUUAUCGAUCAACCUACAUCGGAUCAUAUUAUUGUACAUAAUGGUGGAAAGGUAUCAACAGGAUAUGUGUUAUUGGAUGGAGAUGAUGAUGAUGAUCAUUUGGUUAGAAAAACGACCGAUCAUUUCGAUGAGCAUGAACGACGAAUGAACGAUGAAAGUACUCUCAAAACUUCUUCUGCUCAGCAAGACAACCCCAAUGAAGAAACAGCCAAUGACGAUGAUGAAGAAGAAUUUGAUGAAAAUGACACAACAGAAGUUGGUAGAUUCAAAGAGAGAGGAGAAUUUACUUUUCGUUCAAUUGCUGUUGGUGCAUUGAUUGGAAUUUUGGUUGGUGCUAUGAAUGUCAAUUUUGGCUUGAGAACUGGUUGGACACAAGGAGGAAGCAUUUUUGCGUCAAUUUUGAGCAUUGGAGUUUUCAAAUUAUUUAGGCCAAGUCGCCCUUUCACAAAAUAUGAAACAAUUAUUACGACAACAGCAGCCUCGAGCGCUGGUACUAUGGCCUCAACAGCUGGAUUAGUGAGCUCUAUUCCAGCUCUUAAAUUACUCGGAUUUCAAUACAACGUGGGUGAAUUGUAUUUGUGGGCAUUGAGUGUGGCCUUCUUUGGAGUAUAUUUUGCAGUUCCUCUCCGAAAACAUUUGAUUGUCAUUGAAAAGCUCAGAUUUCCUACUGGUACAGCCACUGCAGCUACCAUCAAAUCCAUGUUUGCACAAGGUUAUGAAACUGUGAAAAAAGCAAGAAUGCUCGUUUUUUGGGGUGUUUUCUCUGCUUUCUAUUCCUUUAUCAUAUUUCUCGUGCCUCCCAUUGCACAACCUCCAAUGCCUAAAAUUCUCCAUGAUUAUGGAUUUACCUUAUAUAUGGAUCCCUUAAUGAUUGGAGGUGGAAUGUUAAGUGGUCCUCGUAGCACAGCCAGUUUAUUAUUGGGAGCAAUUGUUGGAUGGGGAAUUUUGGCUCCAAUUGUGGAUGCAAAUGGAUGGACCAAAGGACCAGUUUCUUCCUUUAGUGGUGCACGUGGAUGGACUCUCUGGGUUGGUGUUGCCAUCAUGACGGCUGAUUCCUUUGUUCAAUUAUUGUUUUUAACGAAAAUUAUUUGGCAAGCAUUGGUUGGAUUGGUUCGAAGAGUGGCUAUUCGUGGCUCUGGAAGAACAGUUCAGAGACACUUUGGAGAGCGUGUCAUUAUGGAUCAUGAACAGUAUGAAUUAGAUUCUCACAUGAUUCCAUGGUGGUAUUGCUUUAUCGGAUUAAUUUUUUCAUCGACUUUAUUGAUGAUUAUUGGUCAUUUCGUUUUUGAUUUGAAAUGGUAUUUUGUCUUGUUGGCCAUUCCAUUGAGUGCUAUUUUGUCGAUUGUUGCAACGAGAGCUACAGGUGAAACCGAUAUCAACCCAGUUGGUGGUAUGGGUAAGGUGGGUCAAUUUGUGUUUGCAGGUGUUGCACCAAAGCAAGUUGCGACCAACAUUCUCAGCGCUGGUAUCAUUUCUGCUGGUGCCAGUCAAGCAGGUGAUAUGAUGCAUGACUUGAAAGCUGGUUACAUGAUUGGAGUUGCUCCACGAAAACAAUUCUUUGCACAAAUUAUAGGUAUCGUGGUGGGUAUCAUCACAUGCAUUCCAAUUUACAAACUCUAUGAUACUGCGUAUACGAUUGGAUCAUCUUCAUUCCCUGCACCAGCUGCGCAUGCUUGGAAAGCAGUUGCUGAAGUAUUGAGUAAGGGAACAAGCGGAUUACCAACGAAUAGUGUUUAUGGUAUCAUCGCUGGUGUUGUGUUUGGUAUGGUAGUCACUGUCAUUUACAAGAUUGUACAAAUUGUGAAACCAAAUUGGGUUCAAUAUUUCCCAAGCGCUCUUGCAUUUGGUAUUGGCAUGAUUGUUCCACCAAAACAGUCUAUUACCAUGUUUAUUGGUGCAAUGUUAUUUACAAUAUGGAAACGACGAUGGCCAGAAACGAAUAAUAAGUAUUUCUUUGCCGUCAGUAGCGGUUUAAUUGCAGGUGAAGGAAUCAUGGGAAUCUUCAUUGCUUUGCUUAAAUUGGCAGGACUGAAGGCGUUGGUGGAUUUGACCUAUACUUAA